UCACAGAACAAGUCAAUACCGAAGAUGAGAAGAAAUUUUCAUCCUUUCUCUUUAAUCCGAAAGAAGUCCAAAGAUAAAAUCAAAUCUUCUUCUACAUAUUGCCAAAACCUAAAUUCAAUGAACAUUUCCCUUAUCUGUUUCCUGCUGCUUACCCUCUCAUAUUUCUCUUGAUCUGAAUUUCUUGUACUCCAAGCAACAAAAAAUACUCUUUCUUUGAUGGCGAAAAAGAAGCAUCGAAAGCUCUUCCCUAUGUUAGCAAGAGAAACUAACCAAACGUUAGAUUGCUCAAUAGGAAUCUGCGACCCAAUUUGCCCUUACAAUUGCUAUCAAGAACCAGAUUACUACACCAUAUCCCCAACGCUACCUCCAUGGUCAUCUCCACAGCCAAUCACAGCUCCAUCACCGUCAAUCUCAGCCGUUUAUCAACCAUCUCAAAACCCUUCAUCUUCCAUUGACGCCAUAACCAUCAUCACCGUUACCGGUGCAGUCAUACUCAUCCUUCUUACAGGAUUCUUUCUUGUAGCCAAAUACGUUACAGAGAGCGUAAACCGAGUCAGCCGCGAAAGAUAUCACUCCUACGACAGCGACGACGAUUCGGUGGAAGAAGAGUUUCAAGAUAGGGAACUAGUGGAUCAUCCAAUCUGGCUAAUCAGAACAACAGGUCUGCAACAAUCGAUCAUAAACUCGAUUACGAUCUGUAGUUACAAGAGAGGAGAUGGGUUGAUCGAGAGAACAGAUUGUCCUGUUUGUUUAAGCGAGUUUGAAGAAGACGAGAGUCUUAGGUUAUUACCUAAAUGUAACCACGCUUUUCACAUCUCUUGCAUUGACACUUGGCUUAGGUCUCACACCAAUUGUCCUCUGUGUCGAGCCGGUAUAGCGAUCAGUGCCACCACUCCACGGUGUUCUGGUCCGGUCGAUGUAACUCCCGGAGGAUCAGGAUCUCGUUCGGAGAACGAUGGAGUUGGUGAAGCUCUAGACCGGGACCUGAUCGAGAACAGAGGUGAGUUAGGGAGAGAGAGUGACGAACCGGGUUUCAAAGAGAGACUGAGUUCUAGUUACCGAGAUUCGGACAACACAGAUCCGAAUUCAGAUGUCAGGAUAGACAUUUCUGGUGUUGUCGACGGUGAUGGAUCCGAGACAGAGACGAAAGAGAAAGUUCGGGUUUUCGGGGAGUGUAUGGAUUCAAAUGGAGGAGAAUCGUUUGAUUCUCUCUCGCGUACGAAAACCCAGAUUGAAAAUGUAGACUUUGCGGGAAAAUCAUGCGAGAAGCAGAGUCAGGACUUCACUGGACAAGAGAAGAGAGAGGAGAACAGAACCAUCGGAGACGAAGCAAGCUGUUCCGAAGAAAACAGUCGCGACAAUGUCGAAUCACUGAGAAGUUCUGAUCCCACUGAAUCGAACGGCGAAGAAACCGAAGGUACAGAGAAAAGUCAGUCAGGCAUUUCGUCGAACACGUCCAAGACAAUCGGAAGCUCUUCGGAAUCAUGCUUCACCAAAAACAAAAGUUCGGUUUUUCCGCUCUAGUAAAGUCUCUACAAAACCCUUUUUUCCCAUUAUAUAUAAAAGAAAGAGAAGAUAACAAUGCUGCGGAAGUGUUCAAGUGUUUGGAAACUCCAAAUAGAUAAGCCACUAAACUCUUUUUUGUUCAUUACUUUCCUCUGGUGUGUUCAUGUUUAUUGAAUUCCAUACUUAGCUGUACAUGUUUUUUGACUUUUUACAAUGCUAUAUAUCUAACAUGAACAUCUU